AUGACCUCUACUCCAUUCUCCUCCCUGGGCUCUAUGUCUCCCACACCUGCACCGGAGCCACCCCAGUUGACCAUCUCCCCGGCCGAGACCACUCUCAUUUUCGACACAUCAGCUACCGACAAGGUCAAGACAGAGACGCCAAAGCCUGAAGAGAAGAAACCGGUAAAGAAGAGAAAAUCGUGGGGCCAGGAAUUACCCACCCCAAAGACGAAUCUCCCACCAAGAAAACGAGCAAAGACGGAAGAUGAAAAGGAACAGCGUCGCAUCGAACGUGUUCUCAGGAACCGCGCAGCGGCCCAGACCUCUCGUGAACGAAAGCGACUAGAGGUCGAGAAACUGGAGGGCGAAAAGUUGCAGAUGGAGCAACAAAACGAGCUCCUCCUGCGUCGACUCGCCCAGAUGGAAGCCGAAAACAACCGCCUCAGCCAACAAGUCGCCCAGCUCUCCGCUGAAAUCCGGACUUCGAGAGGCUCCAGCCCGCAGUCCGUCUCUGGAACAGAUUCACCCACUCUUGUCCCCAUCCUCUUCAAGAAGGAACGUGACGAAAUGUCCCUCGACAAGAUCCCAUUCCCCACUCCAUCCCUCUCUGCCUACUCUCCCAGCCUGAAGGACUUGGACCUCACAGAUUCCUCCGACCUGACACAACAUCCUGCAGCGAUGUUGUGCGACCUGCAGUGUCAGUUGGAGGGAUCCUUGAAGGAUCCCCAAGCCUCUCUCAACCCCUCUUUGACUCGCGAUCAGGCCUUUCAAGUCGCCCUGCUGUCAAUCAUCCAGCACCUCUUUCUGACGAUGACUUUCACCGCCUAUUCUACGGUAAUCCGUCCGAUGACGUCGAUCUUUCGCUCCUUGAAACAAGGCUCUCCUUUGACGUUCUCUCCGGCGGAGAUUCAGCAACACUUGCCUUUGAUUCUCUGGUUGAUUUCGACGCCGACCCUGUCGACCUUGACAGCCUCGAUGACCACUCUUCCUCCGCGACGUCCGGUUUUUCGGAUCCAACUUCUCACCCGGCUUCUUGCGUGCAGCCCAGCUUUGGCGCGUCCACUUCGAGAUGCGACGAGCAAGGCAUUGCAGCUAGUGGCUAGGGGUGAGUCGUUGGCUUCCAGUGAGCCGGAGUCGGUUGGGGCGGUGUUGCCGGGCUACAGCGGUUGUCAGGAUUGGAAGAUGCUAUUAACCAUGAUCUGGGCAAUUGAUUGUAUUGACAGAUCCAACGAGGAGGCGUUGAGGGAAGACCUAUUGAUGUCUAUCGUCCACGUCAUUGCUAUCGUAGCACAGAACACUCGAGAGCAAGACUCGGUUGUCUCGUAG